CGCACACAUGUUCAGACAGCACAAAGAAAUCAGCCCUUGCAAUGCAAAAGAGUGCGGUCUGUGUGUUCUUGGCUUCUGCAUUGCUCAUAUGCAGCGCUGCCCCUGUGGACCCCCAUGGUGGCUCUGACGCCAAAUGUCCGCUGAUGGUGAAGAUCCUGGACGCAGUGAAGGGGGCACCUGCUGGAAGCGUGGCACUGAGUGUGGCCAGGCGAGGUGCUAAUGGCGAGUGGGCACAACUGGCGAGCGGAGUAACAGACCCGACUGGUGAGGUCCAUGAACUGAUCACAGAACAGGACUUCACAGCAGGAGUAUAUCGCGUAGAAUUUGACACCAAAGCAUACUGGAAAGCAGAGGGUCGAACGCCAUUCCACGAGGUGGCUGAGGUGGUGUUUGAAGCACAUGCAGAGGGACACCGCCACUACACCCUCGCCCUGCUGCUCAGCCCCUUCUCCUACACAACCACUGCAGUGGUGGUCAAGACUCACGACUGAUGCUGAAACACACAACCACACAUACCCUCAGCUUAUGUGGGGGAAUAACACUGAUGAUGUUCCAACAUGCUAACAAAACAAAUAAAACAGAUCACAUACAAAUGUA